GGGCGCGGGCUCCCGGCUGGUCGGUGCCCGCGGGCUGGGGCCGGGCGGGGGGCUCCGGGUCCGAGCAGCAUCUUCCGCCCCGCACGCAGCGCGGCCAGCAUGGGGCACCGCGUGGGGAGCGCGCCCCUUCUCCUGCUGCUGCUGCUGGCUUUCUGCAAAGGACGAAUUGUGAGGGUGCCCAAAAGCCCACUCAUUCGAGUUGAAGGUACAGAGACGGUGAUUCCUUGCAAUGUUACUGACUACGAUGGGCCCAGUGAGCAGAACUUUGACUGGGAAUUUUCCCAGGGAACUGACUUUGUGCGGAUAGUGAGUACCUGGGACUCGUCAUUCACCUCCCAGCAAUACCAGAAGAGGGUUGGCAGAGGGGAAAUCGUGCUGAGGCGGAGCAGCAAUAAUGCUGUGGAACUUCUGAUCAAAAGUAUCCAGCCAGUUGACCAAGGAGAAUACAAGUGCAUCACCCCCAGCACAGAUGCCACUGUUAAGGGAAAUUACGAUGCUACAGUCCAAGUGAAAGUGAUUGCCGAUGGCUUAACUGUGAGUGGAUCUAAAGCCCGGUCCUCGAAACCUCGCAAACUGUCUGAGGGAGACUCAUUUGAAUUACGCUGCUCAGCUUCCACCAUCUCCUCAGAACACACUCACCUGCAAGUUACUUGGGAGCUCAAGAAUGGCCCAGCCUGGCAGGAAAUCCUCUCUCUGACACAUGAGGGCAAGUUCCAGCCCAGCCCGGAAUAUGAAGAGCGCUACCUGAGUGGAGAUGUGCGCUUGGACACAGUGGCAAAUGACAUUUACCGACUCUCUGUAUCCCAGGCACUGCCAAUGGAUGAGGGCCUCUACAGGUGUCUUGUGAGCGAGUGGGUGAAAGGUGCAGAUAGUUCCUGGCAGAAGAUCCAGGAGAAGAAUGUGGAAGUAGCAAGCGUGGUAAUCCAACAGACUAAUCUGGAUGUGCUUAUUGCCACAAGCAACAUGUCUGUGACUGAAAGGGACUCCCUGGACCUAACCUGCAACAUCACAACAGACAGAAGUGGCAUCUUCCAAGCUCAGGUGACGUGGUACUUCAGUGAGUCACAUGAUGAUACCUUGUCAGAUGCCCAGGUUUUGUUGAGUGUGGACCGUGAUUCUGUGGUCAGUGACUCUCCCCUCAUCAGCCUGAGUCACGUGGAUAGAAAUUCCUAUCACCUGCUGAUGCGUGAUGUGGGUGUGGAAGACUCUGGCUACUAUUUCUGCCAAGCAGCUGUCUGGGUGCCACAGCACAAUGGGAGCUGGCACAAAGUGGUGGAGAAGACCUCUUCGGCAGUCAGCGUGGUGGUGACAGCAUUAGAGCUGGACUACCAGAUAGUUCUGAAUGCUUCUAAAACACCUAAAUUUUCAGACGACCCCACAGAACUGGAGUGCAGGAUCAUGAAUGCACAGAACACAGAAGCAAACCUACGUUUUACAGUCUCCUGGUACUACAGAAUGCGCCUGCGCAGUGACGCUGUUGUGACGGAUGAACUUCUUGCCACUAUGGAUGCAGACUGGACGUUGCUGGUUGGGGAUAAGAGCAGAGAGAGGACCCAGAAUGGGGAAAUAAUUUUCUCUAAACAGGCCGUGGAUACUUUCAGUUUACGAAUCCAGUGGACCUCUGAAGCAGACAGAGGGGAUUAUUACUGUGUCGUCUCUGCCUGGAGCUGGCACCACAACAACAGCUGGGUAAAGACCAAGGAUGUGACUUCCACGCCGGUCAGUGUUUUCUGGGCUAUCCAAGAUUAUACACUAACAGUGGAGGCGGUGAAACUGAAGCCAUUCUUCGUGGCAGGUCACAACUUUGAGAUGACAUGCAAGGUGUCUUCCCAAAACAUCAAGACCCCGCGUUACUCUGUGCUCAUUACAGCAGAAAAGCCAUUGACGGAUCAGUCAAACCCAAAUGGAACCACUCGCAUAAUCUCCCUGAACCAGGAUUCCGUGGUAAGACUGGAAGACUGGACAGACCAGACGCGAGUGGAUGGUGUGGUCCUGGAGAAGGUUCAGGAGAACGAGUUCCGCUAUAGGAUGUACCAGACGCAGAUGUCUGACGCUGGUCUGUAUCGCUGCGUGGUGACCGCCUGGUCCCCAGGCGGUGGUGGCUUGUGGCGAGAGGCAGUGAAUGGCUUUUCCAAUCCCAUCCAGAUAGAUUUCCAAACCUCAGGUCCUGUGUUUAAUGUCUCGAUGCAUUCGGACAACCCGACGGUUUACCAGGGCGAGCUGGCAGAUCUGCUCUGCAUUGUCACCAUCGACAGAGCGGCACUUGAGCCAGAUGAUAUGUCCUUCGACGUCUCCUGGUUUGCUGUGCAUUCCUUUGCACUGGACAGAGCCCCUGUCUUGCUGGCUUCCUUGGAUCGGAAAGGGAUCGUGACCCAGCCCAGGAGGAACUGGAGCAGCGACGUCAGCCUGGAGAGGAUCAGCCCCAUGGAGUUCCGGCUGCGGGUGCAUGGCUCGGAGGACCAGGAUUUCGGCAACCAUUACUGCUCAGUAACCCCUUGGGUACGAUCAGCCACAGGUGUCUGGCAGCGGGAACCGGAGAUCAAAUCCAAGCCCAUAUUCUUAUCUGUGAAAAUGGAUGUGCUGAACGCUUUGAAAUAUCCACUGUUGAUAGGCAUUGGUCUGGCCACCAUCAUCGGACUCUUAUCCUGCCUCAUUGGCUACUGCAGUUCCCGCUGGUGUUGCAAGAAGGAAGUACAAGAAACCAGACGGGAGCGACGCCGGCUAAUGUCCAUGGAGAUGGACUGAAUGUGAGAAUGAGACUACGCAUGUUUUGGGAGAGAUUUGGGCAGUUGGCCUGAGACAGAGGUGUGUGACACACACAAAUGCCCAAUGGACAGUAUCUUUCUCUCUGAUCUAAGCCAGGACCUAGAGCUUCUCCUCUCCACAUGCUAAGUACUGAGCGCACAGGCCAUGUGUACCAGCACAGAGCUCUUCUUCCAGGGACACUUACUGUGGGGAUGUUUUCUUCUGACACGCAAACUGUUCUGCAGCCUUCGGACAAGAUUCACUGUUAAAUCCUUUUGUCUUGUUUUUUAGGAACUCUCUUUGUGUGUUAACAUUGUUGGGGGGGGGAGUUAUUGUGGUGGGUGGGGCUUGGGAGAAAUAUUUUGCCUUUUAUAAAAUUAGCUUACCUGUUCUCUCUCUCCUCCCUCCCCUCCCCCCCAGGGUUUGGUUCCUGUCUCCAGUGCUGGGAAGGAAACAGCCGUAUGGGGUGCUCUAGUACUUGUUUGGUGAAGAUGCAAUGGUCAAGGGUGGGUUUAUGCUUGUCAGGGUGCCCUCUUUUCCCCUAUUUUCAGGGGUUUGCAGUUCACUCCAGAAUACAGCGUGUAUGGACUGUCUGUUUGAGACAAUUUUUUUAAACCAUUUUCUUAAAUAUUUUUUUUUAAA